ACAUCCUUCAGUUCAUCGAGAUUGGGGUCAAGGCGGUCAAGCUUGGUGUGGAAAUCCACCAGAAAGGCACAACGACCGUGAACGAAGACCAUAGCAAGAUGAACGGCGAUUUCAGGGUGGCUGUGAAGCAGCUCAGGGACCGUACAGCGGUUGACGAUCCCGAGCUUGAGUCCCUGUGCGAGGACUGUCUCUCACAAGCCAUUCAGCUCCAGCAGAUCCUAGACAAGCUGAGAGACGAAGAAAGCAAGGUCAAAAAGUUCUUCGCGACUUGGUUGAAGGAAGGCCAGAUCACAGAGCUCAGAACCAAGCUUGACAAGUACGAAGGGCGACUAAAAUUCCUCAUCGACGUGAGAGUACACAAGUCUGUUAAGACCAUUGAGGCACACACUGCAGCAAUCCUGAAGUACACCCAGUUCUGCAACGGUCGGUUCGACUCGCAACUCGACAGCAUCUCAAGUGCAGUUUCGGAGAUUUCGACCGAGGUGUCUAAUCUGCGCCGGACGCUGGAUGAAAGGACGACUGCCAUUGAACAGAAAGUGGACGAAAAUACGAUUGCCUUUCGAAAGGGAAUCAAAGAACUGAAGGCUGAUGUCAAUCCCUUUAGAACACACAAUUUUGUCCUUGAGCAGCUAGCAUAUGCUGGCAUGGGCUCGUGGUACAAGAGGGUUGACGUGGCAUACCCCCAGACCCUGCAGUGGUUAGUUGAUGAAGCCGUCACGCUUCGCAAGGAAAACCAAACUUGGUGUGAAGAGACGCGCAAAGAGUUCGUCCAUUGGCUCAGGAAGGGCCAAGGAAUCUUUCAUAUCACAGACAAGCCUGGCUCGGGGAAAUCAACCCUCAUGAAAUUUCUCUUCGAGUCACCGCACUCACGGAAGCAUUUGGAUGAGUGGGCUGGCCAAAAACGUCUCGUGGUAGCGAGCUAUUUUAUUGGGAAUGGGAAGCCUCCGCCACGCGAGCAGGACGCCGGCGAUGAACACAACCGGCAGGGUUUGAUCCGUGGACUUCUGCAUUCUAUCCUCACUCGAGCACCUGAGUUCAUCCCUGCCAUAUUCCCAAAGCUAUCCGAACACAAACUCCAACCGCUGAGCGAUCUCGAUAUAGAGACGGCUGUGGAAAAAUUGCAGCAGACAAAUCACUUAUACGACGACCACAAGCUCGUCAUCUUUAUCGACGGCUUGGAUGAAUUCAAGGGUGAUUGCAUUAAAUUGUGCGAUAACCUCGUGGCCUGGACCUCUGAUAUGCCCGCCGACGUCAAAAUAUGCGUGUCGAGCCGCGAGGAAGUGCAGUUCCAGAAGCGGCAUCGAUUGUCCGGCACAUUCCGGCUCCAGGAUGUAAAUCACACGGACAUUUGUACAUUCGUGCAUGGCAGAUUAAAUGAACACACUUGCUACCGGCAAUGGAGUGACCAGGAUCGGCUAGAUUUAGAAACAUGCAUCGUAAGAAAGGCAGAGGGGGUGUUCUUGUGGAGUCGGCUCAUAAUUGGAGAACUCCAGCCUGAAAUUGACGACGACACCGGACUGUAUGUCCUCAAGAGCCGGGUCGAGGAACUCCCUCGAUAG